CUGGGAGUCUGAAAGUCCAACGCAGGGUGAGACUUCAUCGCGAUGGGCUGGGCUCGCCUCGCCAUUCCAUGCCCUGAGGCUGAAAGAGCUGCAACAUCUCCCAGCAUCUCUCCAGCACCCAGCAUGGUGUCGCUUCACGGCCCAGCAGCAAGGCUGGCAGCGAUUUCACGACCCCUCAUUCCUCCAGUGAUAUAUGCCUAGAUGAUGUCUUGCCACAAACACAACUGCAAACUCCAUCUGCUUGCGUUUGACCCAAAGACAGACAAGACGGACCACCAAAUCGUAUGACAUCCCUUGGCUAAAUUAAAGCAAAGCCAAACUGGGGAUUUUGGAAACUGCUGGAAAUAAGGGGAACUCUAAAGUGUUUAACAAUUACUUCCUCAUAAGUCAUGCCCAAGAGGAAGAGAGAUGCUUUUCUGUCAUGGAGCUGCUCUCCUAAGCAUGAGGGGGAUCACACUUUCCUCCCUCUGCUUACUGAUACACCUGCUUCAGGAUGAGAUAGCGAUUUUAGUUUUGGAAAACCAAGACUUGCAAGAUUUGAUUAAGCCACAGAAUGUAGUGUUUCAUUCGCUAAACUUCAACAGCACUUUGCAUUGGCAGCCUGGGAGGGCUGGAGAGGCAAGAGACACAGUCUACUUUGUGCAGUAUAAAGUGUAUGGGCAGAGCACGUGGCAAAACAAAGAUGAGUGCUGGGGAAUUCAAAAUCAUGUCUGUGACCUAACAAACGAAACCUCUGACAUCCGAGAGCCUUACUACGGCAGAGUGAAAGCCGCAUCAGCUGGCAUCUAUUCCGACUGGAGCCUCAGCUGCAGAUUCACUCCCUGGAGAGAAACUAUAAUAGGACCUCCAACUGUAACUGUGAUUCAUAGCAACAAAUCCUUAAUACUAAAGCUCCAGGCUCCACGUUCUCCUUAUAAAAAGAAGAGAGGCAGCAAGAUACCAAUGACAAAUUAUUAUGAUCUGUUAUAUCAAAUCUUUAUCAUUAACAACUUGCUAGAAGAGCAACACAGAGUCCUGGUCUAUGAAGGAAAAGACAAGAUUAUUAAAAUAGAAGAUUUGAGGCCUGGAAUCAGCUACUGUGUUGAGGCUAAAACAUACGUGCCAGCACUGGACCGCAGCAGUGUCUACAGCAGCAGGCAAUGCACCAUGCUGCAGUGACAGGGCGAGCACCCCUGCGACAGUUACAAGAAUUAUAGCAGAAGAUGCCUCCCAUCACAGAUCCAGCUGUAAAUCAACUUCUGCGGUCUAUGUAUGGAAUGCAUACUUGGACACUUUAUAAAUUAAUCUUUGUUACAUUCAAUGAUUUGAUUCAUCAACAUAAUGUUAUGCUACAGAAAAGCCAAAGAUACUUUGUAUGUCCUAUAUCACAAUUUGAAAUUAUAUAUAUUUGCAUUUAGAAAGCAAAUAGUAACGUACUCUAAUAAAAAGUAAAGUAAAAAGCAGUUGUGAAAAUAUCCUUAAGAUUGUUUCUAUGGGUUUUCUCUUUUAAGCAUUGGGAUUACUUUACAGUUUAUAAAAGAGAAGCUUCAGAUAUUUUAUUUCUUCUACAAAGGAUGCAACAAAAGAUGAAAAAAGCAUCCUUUCUUUAAAAUAAGAAACAUAUAGUCCAGGAGCAUAUCUCAGAUUCACAGAGUCUUCAUAGUACCCUCAACAUAGCAUUUCUGAUCUUGAAACCAGAAUUAGUUAGGCCCGAGCUCAGCUAAACUGAAACAGAAGAGAUACUCACUUUCAGUUAAUGACGGUUAAAUGGAAAAGACCUCUAUUUCAACCAUGUCACAGUAAAUUACCAACUUCCACGUAUGAUUUCUAGUGAUUUUAUUCCUUUAAGUCUUCAUUUCUUAAGUGAAAAGAUUUCCUGGGCGAGGUUUGGUUAGAUACCCAGUAAGCUAUCACAGGAUGGAGAGCUGAAGUGGCUUUUCCGCAUCAAGAUAUGUAACUAAUGAGAAUCUUGAUACCUAACUGCAUUCUGUUAUUGCAAAGUAAGUGAGAGGAGAUGAGAGGGGGCCAGAUGCAAGAGGGCAAAGCAAGCCCUGGGAAAAAUGAAGCUUCCUGCUACAUAAUGACUAUACAGUUUUCCCUUAAUUUGCAUACACAAAGGUGGAUUGCAUCAGUUUAAAUAACAAACUUUGAGUUCACCUGAGCCUCAUGCAAAGCAUUUUUCAUGGUCUGUCACUAACACCUCACCUGGAGGCUCACUUAGAGCUGCAUCAGAAUGCUGGCAGUAGGUGUUUGAGAGGAGGCUGUGUUCAAGUAAGUGAAUGCUGGUGCACUCGCUUUCACCAAAAUAAAGAAAAAAGCAUUACAUAUUAAAUAUUUCCACUGUCUGAUUCUAACACAUCAUAUAUUUGAAUGACUAGAUGUGAAGGCAUCUAGCUGCAUCCACGUUUCUAGUCCAUAAAACCAGGUUUCCUUCACUACACUUCCCUUUUUGCUCCUCUCCCCUUUCUUCCAAUUGUUUUACCCCACAUGUAUCACAUAGUUUCUUAAUUUAGAUAAGUUUCUUUGGGAAACAGGACUUACUAAAUCCCUAUAUUGCACCUAGCACCAUGACAAGUCUCAGGUCGAGAGUUGUCCUGACACUCCUCUUGCACUGGGCAGCACCACAAUAAAAACAACCAGGCAAAUUAUUAAGAAAUAGCCUUUCUUGUGUUUCAGCAGUGGUGACUUUGUCCACUCAUGGGUUAUCACAGCCUGAAAACAGUAUCUGCAGUAAAUCAAGCUUUCUCAAAUUCACUUCUAUCUCUGGGGCAACUCACGUUGUUGUUACAUGAAGAUAAAAGUUUAACCUCUAGUAGCUGUAGUCAGAGACCAGGCUCCCACAAUACUGGAUACAGUACCUAUGUCAGAUGCAGAGAAUGAAACUGUUUAGGACUCUCCAAACUUAAAGACAUUAAAAAAAAAGGAAGAAGCAGAGUAAUAGCGUUGCCUGAAGUGUUCAAACCUGGCUAGAAAUAUUGCAGCUGCUACGCCAUGGAUCUAUGGAAACAUUGGAAACACGAAAUUAUACAUAAUGUACAGAGCUUAUA